CUAUAAGUAUGGUACUUUUAUGGCAACAUUUAUUAUACGUCCAUUUUCUAUCAAUUGCAAACUUAAAAAAAAACGACGUCGAAUAAGAAAUUCUUUUUGUCGGUUGAAAAUUAGUUUCAGCUUAGAUAAUGUGAAAUAUUUAUUUAUUACAUGCGUGCUUCGAUUUUAAUUUUUCUACUUUAAAUAUCGUGACAUAAUAACAACAGCAAUAUAACGUAAACAUUGAAAAUGGAGGAUGAGAAUGAGUAUAAAAAAUUACCAACAGAAGAAAAAUGUGUUCAUAAACUGUGGAAAGCCAGAGUUGCUGGCUAUGAAGAGGCCAUAAAGCUAUUUAACCAGAUAGAUGACGAGAAGGCACCAGAAUGGAACAAAUACUUGGGCCUAAUAAAGAAGUUUGUUACCGACAGCAAUGCCGUUGCUCAAGAAAAAGGUUUGGAAGCAGCUUUAGUGUUUGUAGAAAAUUGUGGUCAUGCAGGCAAAACUACGGGAGAAGUGAUGUCAGGCAUUGUAGCAAAGUGUAUAGCUGCACCUAAAACUAAAACAAAGGAUCUCGCUCUUCAGGUAACCUUAAUGUAUAUCGAAAUCGAAAAACAUGAAAUAGUAGAAGAGGAGCUUCUCAAAGGCAUGGAACAAAAGAAUCCCAAAGUAGUGGCAGCCUGUAUAUCUGCAUUAAACACGGCAUUGAAGCAGUUUGGCAACAAAGUGAUAGCGAUUAAGCCCAUGGUUAAGAAGAUACCUAUACUACUGGCUGAUAGGGACAAGGGCGUGAGAGAUGAGAUGAAGGCACUAGUUAUAGAAAUGCACAGAUGGAUAGGUGCUGCCAUAGAGCCACACAUCGCAUCCCUCCAAGCAGUCGUACAGCAGGAGUUGAGAGAGUCAUUCAGUUCAGGAGGUGCCUCGCCUACGAGAUAUCUGAGAUCACAACAGCAUCGAGUGCGAGAUACUCCAGCCGCUGAUUGCACGGAUGGUGGCGCUGAUGAUGAGGAUGCGGAGACCGGCGGUGGUGAUUCCGCAGAUAUAGAUCCAUAUGACUUACUGGACCCAGUGGAAAUAUUAUCCAAACUACCAAAAGACUUUUACGACAAACUUGAAGCCAAGAAGUGGCAAGAAAGAAAGGAAGCUCUUGAUUCACUGGAUAAUUUGUUGAAAAAUGCGCCCAAAUUAGAGCCUGGAGAUUAUGCUGAUUUAGUCAGAGCUUUGAAAAAGGUGAUAACAAAAGACACAAACGUGAUGCUGGUGGCCCUGGGCGGCAGGCUGCUGGGCGCGCUGGCCAGCGGACUGCGCGCUCGCUUCUCGCCCUACGCCUGCGCCUGCGUGCAGGCCGCCCUCGAGAAGUUUAAGGAGCGCAAGCCCGCUGUAGUGGCGGCGCUGAGAGAGGCCGUCGACGCGAUAUACCCCUGCACAAACUUGGAAGCCAUUAUGGAAGAUAUGCUGGCAGCUUUUGAAAACAAAAAUCCUUCAAUAAAAGCAGAAAGUGCUUUGUUUUUAGCUCGCGCAUUAUGUCACACCCAACCGGCGGCAUUCAACAAGAAACUUAUUAAAGCCUAUGUGGCUGGACUGCUAAAAUUACUUGAAAGCGCUGAUCCUGUCGUGCGUGACGCUGCUGCAGAAGCUUUAGGUACGGCAACAAAAUUAGUCGGCGAGAAGAACAUUGCACCGCACAUAGGAAAAUUAGACAAUUUAAAAGAGCAAAAAAUAAAAGAAUUUGCAGAAAAGGCUGAAAUAAAAGUAAAGGUAGCCGCACCUAAAAAAGAUACUAAACCGAAAACUGCUCCACCUGGAACUGGCAAAGGCGAUGCAAAGCCAAAUGCAGGCUCUACACAACCCAAACCUGUUAAGAGACCAGCAUCUGCUAAGAAACCAGUAGGUGGAACUAAGAAGGCACCAACAAGAGGUCAGCCAAGUCCCCCUCGGGAACAAGAGAUGUCUCCUGAGGAGGUUGACGCUAAAGCUGAACAGAUCUUUCCUCCUGACGUUCUUAAUGGACUCGCAGACACCAAUUGGAAGACUCGCCUGGCAGCCGUGCAAAGUUUCCAGGCGGCUCUGCCAGGAGCCGAGUCUACCGGGUCUCAGUUGUUGUACCGAGUCCUGGCCCGCAAGCCGGGCCUGCGCGACACCAACGUGCAGGUGCUGCGCGCGCGCCUCGAGGCCUGCAAGUACAUCACCGACAACUACCCCGUCUCCACGACUGCAGCAGAUUUUGUUCUGCAAGAUAUAGUCACAAAGCUUGGAGAAACUUCGUGUUCGGCUAUAUGUGCAGAUUGUUUGACUUCACUAGCAGAAAGCUGUGGAUUAGAACACGUCCUCAACGAAAGCUUAGCAUUCGCAAUGGACUCUCAAAAGAACCCCAAAGUCCAGUCUGAAUUAUUUAAUUGGAUGACCACAGCUAUUAAGGAGUUUGGUUUUACAAUGAAUGUGAAAUCAAUAGUAGUUCACUCAAAGAAGGCUCUAUCAGCAACGAAUCCAAAUGUACGGACAUCGACAAUAAACUUCCUUGGAGUACUGUCGCUAUAUGUGGGACCAUCGUUAAUCAAUCACUUCGACAGCGAAAAACCUGCCACAAAGCAAUUGAUCAGUUUGGAAAUCGAUAAAUACGCAAACAGCACUCCUCCGACGCCUACAAGACAGUUGGGAACAGUAAGCAAGUCUGCUAGCAAAGGUUCGAUGGGUGAUGACAUUGAUGAGGCGUAUGAAGAAGGCGCAGAGGACGAGCCCGCUGUGCAAGAAGACAACCGCCCGAGGACUGACAUCGCACCGCUCAUUACUGACUCGCUCAUUGCUGAGAUUAACGACAAGAACUGGAAGGUUCGCAAUGAAGGUCUGGACAAAGUGAAGGCUAUAAUCACAAACUCAUCGCCAAUCAAGCCGUCGCUCGGCGAGCUACCUGCCGCGCUAGUGGCGCGCCUGCUUGAUUCUAACUCGAAGUUAGCUCAGAGCGCGUUGCAAAUAUGUGAGCUACUAGCGUCAGCCAUGGGAUCCAAGUGCAAGCAGCACGUUAGGACGUUCUUCCCGGCGUUUUUCCAAGCGUUCGGCGACAGCAAGGCGUGGAUCCGCGCGGCGGCGGUGGCGUGCGUGGAGGCGUGGUGCCGCGCGGCGGGCGCGGGCGCGGCGCUGGACGGCGAGAUGCUGCUGGACGCGCUGCGCGCCGGCUCGCCCGUGCUGCGCGCCGCGCUGCUGGCCUGGCUGGCCGACAGGCUGCCCGCCGUGCCGGCGAAGUCAUUCCCGCGCGAGGAGCUGGCGGGCUGCGUGCCGCUGCUGUUCGCGUGCCUGGAGGACCGCGCGGCCGACGUGCGCAAGGCGGCGGCCGACUGCGUGCUGCCCUUCAUGCUGCACCUCGGGUACGAGCCCAUGCACAAGCAGCUCGACAAGCUCAAGCCGGGCUCCAAAUCUGUGGUACAAGCGGCCUUAGACAAAGCUCGACCGAACCUACCUGUACAACCGCUGCCUGCAAAAGGCAAGAAAGAAGAACCUAAGACUGUUAAAUCAGCUGGUGCAAUGAAAAAAGAGGCUGAGAAAAAGACUGGACAAUCUGCAAAAUCAAAGGUUGUCAAGCCUGCAUCUGCCUCUAGCCGCGGUAAAAAAGAAGAUGAAGAUUGUACACCAUUGCUACCAAAUAACAACGCCAAAAAUCAACGUAUUAUUGACGAUCAAAAACUAAAGGUUCUUAAAUGGAACUUUACGACACCUCGUGAAGAAUUCUUUGAAUUGUUAAAAGAACAGAUGAACAGCGCAGGCCUGAACAAACAGCUUGUGGUAAACAUGUUCCAUAGUGAUUUUAGAUACCAUUUGAAAGCCAUUGAAGCCUUAUCAGAGGAUCUACAUGAGAAUGGCUCAGCUCUUGUCGCUAAUCUGGAUUUAGUACUCAAGUGGCUGACACUGAGGUUCUUUGAUACAAACCCCUCCGUCAUUCUUAAGGGCUUGGAGUAUUUGACCAUGGUGUUCCAGUAUCUCACCGAAUGUGACUACACCAUGGCUGAGUAUGAAGCUAAUUGCUUUAUACCAUACUUAGUUCUAAAGGUGGGUGAUCCAAAAGACACAGUCCGCAAUGGUGUCAAAGCUCUUUUCAAACAGAUCUGCGUUGUAUACUCGGUUACGAAACUGUUUGGAUAUUUGAUGGAGGGAUUAAAAUCGAAGAAUGCACGACAAAGAACUGAGUGCCUGGAGUGCAUCAACCACCUGCUGGACACGUACGGCUCGUCGGCGCUGGCGGGCGGCGCGGCGCUGCGCGAGCUGGCGCGCCACAUCGGCGACCGCGACAACGCCGUGCGCUCCGCCGCGCUCAACUGCGUCGCCAGCGCCUACUUCCUGGAAGGCGAGCGCGUCUACAAGAUGAUCGGCCAGAUAUCAGACAAAGAUUUAUCCUUACUGGAAGAGCGCAUCAAGCGCGCAAGCAAAAGUAGAAGCGCAGAAGAGCGCAGAUCGAUGGUAGUGCCAUUGUCCGCUGAUGGACGACCCAUACUACAAGUACCUGAGGAUGACCACACCAUGGUAGAAGAUCAACCGCCGGCUGUAGAAUACGAGGAAGAAGAAAUUGAGGAAACGCCCCCACCUCCACAACCCGUAGUGCCAGAACCCAAAGUGAUAACAGGUCCAUUCGGUUUGGACCCAGACCUCAUAGCAAAGUUAGAUGCAGCUGUACCAGUAUUACGUAAACCAGAUUUGCCAGAAUUAGAUCUCAAGUUUCUCGAUGAGCCUGUCCCAGCGUCCACUGUUAGAAAUGUCUCUGCACCUGUUAGACCUAGUAUGGUGACGAUGUCCCCCCCGAGGCACGUCUCGCCACACAGCCUCCCGCAGCCGGCCGGCAACAAACCCAGUGUUGACGACGCGCAGCUAGCGGACACCAUACACUCCAUCUCCAGUCCAGACCUCAAUGCGGCGAUACGAGCGUUGUCGCUGAUCUCCGGCGCGCUCGUGUCGGGGCGUGGCGCAGCGCUGGGGCAGCACGAGGCGCGCCUGGUGGCCGCCGUGGCGGCGCAGCUGCGGAGGCUGCGCACCGCGCCCGCGCACCACGCGCUGCCCGCCUACAAGUACCUCGCGGGCGCGCUCACCACCUUUUACGAAACGGCUGGCUGCGGUAGACAAGUGGGCGAAAGUGCACUGAGGUCACUGCUCGGUGAACUGUUGCUCGUGCUUGGAGCUGCGCCCACCACGCCUCCACCCGCUGCAGAUGCUGAACGUCUCGUGCGCAUACUAAAUAACGUUUGCGUACGUGUGUUGGAGCACUCACCCCGUACAGCUUUAUUGUGUGCAAUAGUGUCUCUUCUCCACGACUCCAUAGUAGAAUCUGACCCUGCAUACCCUCGUUACCAAGAUCUACUCCUCAAGUGUUUCUGGAAAACUUUGAAAAUGAUAUCGACGUGGGAUGUCAAUUCUAUAGAUUAUGAUGCAGUAUUAUACAAGAUUCAUCUCUUCUACAAGGCCUAUCCGAACAGUUAUUGGAAGAAGAAUCCAGAAAUUAGCGAUACACCUUACAGAACUGUCAAGACGCUCGUCCACACGCUAGUCAAGAUGAAGGGCGCCUCCAUCACAAAUCACCUCACUCAAAUACCAGAUGUUAACGAAUCCGAUCUCUAUCCUUAUUUACAUAAAGUUCUUAAGCAACUAAAACUCGACGAGCGUAAAGACAACCCCCCAGAGCUAAACGGCAGCCUACCGAGCGCGGUGGCAACAAACGCGUCUCUAUCGGCAGGUCGACUGCCGCGGGGAGUUCACGAGGAACUGGCGCUCAUACUCAAACGCAUCGGAUCCAAGGAGACUAAUCGGGACGCUCUGUCUCAGCUCUACGACCUGAGGGAACGUCAUCCGGAAGUAGACAUUUGGACGUUUAUGCAAGGCUCGUCGUUUUAUUUCCGCAACUACGUAGAACGAGGACUGAGAGAGGUGGCAGAGCAACGUAAAAUGGCCUCCAUGCCUAUGUACAAAAGCGACUAUAAAACUGAAAAUAUCGAUAUGAGCAACGAAAAUGAUGAAAAAUCACACGUUAUUUUCUUAGAGAGGCUAAGAGCAUUACAGGCCAAAGCUGGUCUGAAAACGGAGUCGAGCCCGUCGUCGCAGCCGCGCACGCCCGUGAGCGACAACCGCGCGCUCGGGGACUCCCUCGGCGAGCUGCCGCGCGCGCACAGCAUCGACCCGCAGCUGGAGCUUCACACAACACAAGCGGUCUCUCAGAAAAACGAAGCAGCGGUGGACGCCUUACGUCUCAAACUCCAGCAGAUCAAGAGCUCUUCCAAGAGAUAGGCCAUCUCGAUCGUCUCGACGGAAAAUAGCAUCGCUCUCACUCUAUCAUGACAGUAGCGGUACACGCCGAACUAUUAUUAUCUGACACACGAAAGUUGAACUGCUGAACAAAAUCCAAAACUUUUGUUGGGAGUUAAUUCUUUAAAGAUUAUUUUGCAUAUUUGUGGCCAUAUUAGUACAAAAUUUUACUGUCUCUUGCGAUUUAAAAGAUACAGCAUAAUGACAAAUGUAAAGGCAGCUGAGUUUACUAUUAUAUUC